CCGCGCCAGCGCUGCGGGCCGGGGCCGGAAGUGAGCGCACGGCGGCGGUUAAGCGGCGGGAGGGGGCUGCCUGCCGCGCGCUCCCGGUGGCGGCAGGAGGGCAGAAGGGACAUGGCCACUGCGGUGGGGCGGCGGCGCUGCCAGAUCUGCUAAGUCUCUUCCGAAGCCAAGAGUAGACAACCAGUACAAGGGAAGUGUUGCUUCUUUAAGUGGAUAUCCGCUCUUGCGGUAUGGCCCAGAUAUCCAGUAGCAAUGGAUUUAAACAGCGCUCAUCACCUUCUGUGGCAGCUGCAAGGUCAAAAGAUGUGGACAAAGAGGAGGCAUUGCAGAUGGAAGCUGAGGCAUUAGCUAAGAUGCAGAAAGAAAGAGGUGUAGCUGGUAAUAAACAAACUUUUCAUUCUUUAAGUAGCACCAGACAAAAAGCACAGACUCAUAGCAAACAGGACCAUGAUCUCAUGGUGUUUCCAGAGUCUGAUGCCAAGAGCAUGGAAGAUAAACUAAGUACUGUUGACAUAGAGAAGCUUACGCAUGCUGAACUAGAGAAACUGUUGCUGGAUGACACUUUUGAAUCUAGUAAAGUACCUACAUUACCAGUAAGUCCUAUUUUGAGCCCAUCUGUGUCUUCACAAUUUUAUCUUGGGCCUACGAGUCAAAGAAGACAGUGGAUGCCUGGGACACCAGCACCUGUGACAUGCACUUUACCUCCUAUUUACCCCUCAGCUUCUUACACAAAACAGACUGGUGUGUUUCAGAAUGGAUUCCAUCCAAGUAUGUCCUCCUAUCACUCUAGAGAACCUAUUUAUCUUGGUCUUCCAAGGCAGUUGCAAUACAUUUCAUACCCACCGGCAGCUAUUACACCUUUCCAUCCACAAGGAAGCCUACCUAUAUAUCCUCCCGUACCAGUACUUACACCAGAAAUGGCAAAGGUGUUUGACAAAAUUGCAAGCACCUCAGAAUUUCUGAAAAAUGGGAAGUCAAGCACAGACUUGGAAGUGACUGCUAUAAAGUCUGCAGUUUCUAACCUACCACCCUCGGAAAGCUGCAGGGAUGUUAGUAAAUUUGAUUGGUUAGAUUUGGAUCCUCUAAGUAAACCGAAAGUGGAUAGUGUGGAGACUUUAAAUGUAGAGAAUGAUGGAGAGAGGGCUUUGAGUAUGACUGCUGAAGAUCCAUGGGAUGCUGUGCUGUUAGAAGAGAAGCUGUUAGUAACUUGUCAUCUGGAAAGAAAAGUAAAUGGGAAAUCAUCUGGAGCAACAGUUACGAGGAGCCAGUCCUUAAACAUGCGAACAACUCAACUUGCAAAGCUACAGGGCCAAACAUCACAGUUGCAGAAAGACAAUGGGACCACUGGCAUGCUGUCAGGAAACGUGCUUCUCCAAGAAAUUGAAGGGCAGAAUCAAGAACUGUCAGCUUUUUCUCAAGCAAUUACAAAAUUGAGGACCAAGUUUCCUUACACUAAUCGGCAAACAAAUCCAGGCUUUGUGCUGAGUCCAAUCAUGCUGCAAAGAAGUAUAAGUGGGGAGAGUGCCAGUAUCAAGGUUUCUAUAGAAAUCGAAGAAUUCCAGCAACCAGUAACUUUUACGUGUGAUGUGAGUUCCCCUGUUGAGCUUAUAAUAAUGCAGGCGCUUUGCUGGGUGCAUGAUGACUUGAAUGAAGUGGACAUUGGCAGCUAUAUCCUGAAAGUCUGUGGCCAGGAAGAAGUUUUACAGAAUAAGCACUGUGUUGGAAGUCAUGAAUAUAUUCAGAACUGUCGGAAGUGGGAUACAGAAAUCAAACUGCAGCUCUUGACCCACAGUGUAAUAUGCAGAGAUCUAGCACGAACAGAAGAUGAUGACAGCACACCCAUACAUCUAACCAAACACCUCUACAAAGUAGAAAAGCCUUUCAGAGAACCUAUUAUAAGGUCUUCUAUUGAAGAGCUUCUUGAUGUGUAUCAGAAGCAAGUCAAUAUAGCUCUUAAAAAUGAGAACCAGCAUAAAGCAGUAGAUCAUGUAAUUAAGACUGUCAGAAAAAUCUGUUCCACAUUGGAUUGUGUAGAGACUCCUGCAAUAACGGAAUCGGUAAAGAAGCUAAGGAGGGCUGUUAAUCUUCCAAGGACUAAAAAUGCCGAGGUGGCUGCUUUAGGAAGAUAUGAAUUAAAGAUAAAUUAUAAUUUAGUUUCACUGCAGCCUGAAAACCCUCUGAAAGUGAGUAUAGACCAGUUAACAAGAGCAGUUGAGGCCCUUCUGCAACUCCACGUGAAUUCAUGUAGCAGUUCUGCAGCAAUUUCUUCAAAAGAUAGUAAGAGUACCAAGGAAGCAUGGACUGCCACAGAACAUCUCCAGUUCACAAUAUUUGCUGCUCAUGGAAUUUCUCCUGGUUGGGUAUCAAAUUACGAGAAAUACUACUUGAUUUGUUCUCUGACCCAUAAUGGAAAAGAUCUGUUCAAGCCUAUCCAGUCCAAGAAGGUUGGCACAUACAAGAACUUCUUCUACUUGAUUAAAUGGGAUGAACUAAUAAUUUUCCCCAUCCAAAUUUCACAGCUGCCUUUAGAAUCAGUCUUAUGUCUGACUUUGUUUGGAAUCCUAAAUCAAAGUAGUGGGAGUUCUCCUGACUCAAAUAAGCAGAGAAAGGGCCCAGAAAUUUUGGGUCAGGUUUCUCUACCUCUUUUUGAUUUUAGGCGGUUGUUAACUUGUGGGACAAAGCUUUUGCAGCUGUGGACCUCAUCACAUCCGCGUCUUGUGUCGGGGAUGGCCAGUAAGAAAGGAAAUACGGAAAGAAUAGUUUUGCAGAUUGAUUUCCCAUCCCAUGCUUUUGAUAUUGAAUAUAAAAUUCCUCAAGCAGCAAAGACCACUGUGCAUCAUACCAUAGAAACAUUAGAAAAACCACUGAGAGAACGUCUCCUUACCAUUCUCUCUAAGGAUAAUACCAUUGGGCUAUCAAAAGAAGACAAAGAAUUUUUGUGGGAGAAGAGACAUUACUGUCAUAGUCAUACUAGUAGCCUACCAAAAAUAUUGGUUAGUGCCCCUCACUGGGACUGGGCAAGUCUUCCAGAAAUAUAUUCGCUACUUCACCAGUGGCCUCCUUUAUCACCCUUGGCUGCACUGGAACUACUUGAUUCAAAGUUUGCUGACCAGGAAGUACGAAAUACAGCUGUGAAUUGGAUAGAGACAUUAAGUGAUGAUGAGUUAACAGAUUUCCUCCCUCAGUUCGUACAGGCAUUGAAGUAUGAAACCUACCUUGACAGUGCUCUUGUCAAAUUUCUUUUGGCUCGGGCAUUGGGAAGCAUUCGAAUAGCACACUAUCUAUACUGGCUUCUUAAGGAUACACUGUACGAUACAAAGUUUGGUGUAAGGUAUGAGCAAAUUCUUGGAGCUUUCCUUUCAAUCUGUGGAAAAAGGCUGAGGGAAGAGCUGGAGAAGCAGACCAGACUGGUGCAGCUUUUUGGAAUGGUGGCAGAAAGAGUAAAGCAAACUAGUGGAUCUGCUCGGCAGGCUGCCUUGCAAAAUGGUAUGGAACGUGUGCAGUUAUUUUUCUUGAAGAACAAAUGCCGUCUGCCUCUCAAUCCCAGUCUUGUGGCAAAAGAGUUAAAUAUUAAGGCAUGUUCUUUCUUCAGCUCCAAUGCAGUACCACUGAAAGUUGCACUGAUAAAUGCAGACCCUCUGGGAGAAGAAAUUAAUGUGAUGUUUAAGGUUGGGGAAGAUCUGAGACAAGAUAUGUUGGCUUUACAAAUGAUUAAGAUUAUGGAUAAGAUUUGGCUGCAGGAGGGACUGGAUCUCCGGAUGGUUAUCUUCAAGUGUCUCUCAACUGGAAAAGACAGAGGCAUGGUGGAGCUUGUUCCUGCUUCGGAUACACUUAGGAAAAUUCAAGUGGAAUAUGGAGUGACAGGUUCAUUUAAAGACAAACCUCUGGCAGAAUGGUUGCGAAAGUAUAAUCCUACCGAAGAGGAAUACGAAAAGGCUUCGGAAAACUUCAUUUACUCCUGUGCAGGAUGCUGUGUAGCUACUUAUGUAUUGGGGAUUUGUGACCGCCACAAUGAUAACAUAAUGCUCCGAAACACAGGGCAUAUGUUUCACAUUGACUUUGGAAAGUUUUUGGGCCAUGCGCAGAUGUUUGGUAGCUUUAAAAGGGAUCGAGCUCCUUUUGUGCUAACAUCGGAUAUGGCUUAUGUCAUUAAUGGUGGUGAAAAACCCACUAUCCGCUUUCAGUUGUUUGUGGAUCUCUGUUGUCAGGCUUACAAUUUGAUAAGAAAACAUGCAAGCCUCUUCCUUAACCUACUCUCAUUGAUGCUUUCUUCUGGGUUACCAGAACUAAGUGGGGUUCAGGACUUGAAGUAUGUCCAGGAUGCUCUCCAGCCCCAAACAACAGAUGCAGAAGCUACCAUUUUCUUUACAAGGUUGAUUGAAUCCAGUCUGGGAAGUGUUGCCACAAAGUUUAAUUUCUUCAUUCACAAUUUGGCCCAGCUGCGUUUCUCAGGUCUACCUUCUAAUGAUGAAGCCAUCCUCUCAUUUUCUGCUAAAACAUAUUCUCUUAAACAAGAUGGCAGAAUCAAACAAGUGUCUGUGUUUACAUAUCAGAAGAGAUACAACCCAGAUAAACAUUAUAUCUACGUAGUGAGAGUUUUGAGAGAAGGGCAAGUUGAGCCAACAUUUGUCUUCCGAACAUUUGAUGAGUUCCAGGAGCUCCACAAUAAACUUGGCAUUCUCUUUCCUCUCUGGAAGUUACCAGGCUUUCCCAAUAAGAUGGUUCUGGGAAGAACACAUAUAAAAGAUGUAGCAGCUAAAAGAAAAGUGGAGCUCAACAGCUACAUACAGAGUCUGAUGAACAGUUCUUCAGAGGUGGCAGAAUGUGAUCUUCUUUAUACAUUUUUCCAUCCAUUACUUCGUGAUGAGAAAGUGGAAGGAAUAGAUGGAAUAGCCAGACCUACAGAUGUAAGUCCAUCAAGUCCUACCUCAGGCAAAGUGGGAGGAGAAGUGAAGCUAUCCAUAUCAUAUAGAAAUAGCACUCUGUUUAUCAUGGUGAUGCACAUUAAAGACCUGGUUACAGAAGAUGGUGCAGAUCCAAAUCCCUAUGUAAAAACAUACUUACUUCCUGAUACACACAAGACGUCCAAACGCAAAACCAAAAUCUCCCGGAAGACAAGAAAUCCAACUUUCAAUGAAAUGCUUGUGUACAGUGGAUACAGCAUGGAGACUCUGAAACAGAGAGAACUUCAGUUAAGUGUGCUCAGUGCAGAAUCGUUACGUGAGAACUUUUUCUUGGGUGGAAUUACACUCUCGCUAAAGGACUUCAAUUUGAGCAAGGAGACUAUUAACUGGUAUCGACUAACUGCUGUACCCUAUCUGUGAACUCAUUUCUAUGCCUGAGUGAGACCAGAACAAUUGUAUUCACUUGUCCUUUGUGCAUCUUCCUACUCAAAGAUGACUUGCACGUCUGAAGAGACUCUGCAUUUCAACAGAUAUGUUGGACCAACAUUCAUAUAGCCUAAUUUGGAGGAUUUCUAGAAAACCUGGUUUAUGCUUAUGCAACAUUAUCAAAGCAUCAUUGUAAAUGUUUAAGGGUUGCAGUUAAAAGGAGGAGUUUUUAAACCAUCCAUGGAAAUGAAAUGAACAGUUUGACCAUGCUGGUUGGUUAAACCUUAACUUAAUCCUUAGGCCUGUGGAUAUAGUGCAUUUUUGCUUCUAAUUUGUUACCUGUGUGUCAUCCAUGGCAUGAUGCUGGAGAACAUCAAAGAAAUGAUAUAUUUUAGGACUACAGUCCCACUACUAACUAGACAUCACAGAAACAAUGAUGGGUAAAACUUUAGUGACUUCAUGCAUACCUAUAGAAAUGAAGGUGGAAGGGCUGGAGAAAUUCCUUAGCAUUGCAUUUAAUCCCAGUUCAUUCUUCUCUAAGACUUACUGGAGUGCGUGCCAAUAAUGGAAGUUGUAAAUAAUGGUGCCUUAUAAUUCAAAUGCUUCUCUUUUACCUCAUUUCUGGUAUUUAAAUAUGUAUACAUGUGAACUUUCAGCUCCUUAAAAAGGGGGAAAGUUCUCAUAUUUGAUACAUUGCAGGUCCUACUGGAAGUAUUUUCCUGAGAUGUGCUACUUAAAAAUAACAUCACUUACAACUGAUCAUCAUAGUUAGUGCAACUUAGAAAUUUUUUUCUACGCAUGGUCUCAGAAAUUGAGUGAAGACUGGUUGAAUGUGGUGCCGUAGGAAAUGGGCCCAGCUUUUCAGUGUUUUGAAUUGUCUUGAUUUCUAGAAUUUCUAAAUACUGUAGUGAUUAAAUGUGGAACAGAUUCAAACACUAAAUCCACAGUGGCAUUGGCACCUGUACCUCCAGGUGAAGGAUGGGCUCUAGUUAAAAAGCGUAACUGCUGGAUGAAUUGCAGGCCAAAAAUGAGUUGCAGUAACAGCUUUGAGAGAGGAACUUGGUCACUUCUUUUAACAGCUCACAGCAAUACUGUUUCUCACUCCCAGUAAGAAUUAAUUCAACUACAAAUACUUUAUUCCAAGGAACAUUAGAUUGGAACUAUUUUGUGACGGUGGAGUACAAGUGUCACUAUCGCCUCUUAAUACCACUGGUUACUUAAUUGGGUGUUUCUGCACUACAGCCAUACCCUUUUUAUUCACCUUAGUGUUUGGAAUGAUUAUUUCUGUCUAAACAAAGCUAUGGAGUUGCACACUUCUUUUUAGUACUAAAUCUUGAAGCAAGACAACAGCCUAUCACCACUGACUGGGACUAGCGUGAAUUUUUUCAAGUAAAAUAUGCAACUAUGAAUGAAGACGCAAUACGGGGAAAGCCUUUGAUGUACCCAACACUAAAAACCUAUUUCAUAAUCUAGUUUUUUCCUUUCCCUGCUACUGACCAAUCUCCCUUCACUACAGAAGAGAGAAGUAAACUUGAAUCUCCUGGUGCCUAAAAUAUUCAUGGUCCAAUUUUAUAAGAGUUAUUACAAUUAAGAAUAUCCUGAAUGUUAGAAACUGGGUUGAUACAAAUGGGCGCUAACACAUCCCAGUUUUAUUAGGCAUCUUGCUAAUUAGGCCUAUUUUUCAUUUAGUAUAUAGACUGUAAAUAAAUUAUAUAACUUACUAGAUAUAUUUCCUGCUUACUUGACGCUUUUGAGACUUACUCCAUUCCAUCAUUAGAAUCACAAGUCACUUCAACACAGGAAAGUAGACUACUGUUUUUGUGAAACGUUCCAUUGUGAAAUAAAAUGAAAGCAAUAUGUACUGCCUUUUUUGCAGUUUGCUAUUAAAGCACAGUGUCUUACAGCACAAAAUACUAAAGUAAUUUAAAAAAGAAUAUUUGCAGUUUUAACAGUUGUCUGGACUCUGAAGAAAAUGUAUAGUACUGUAUUAUUGUUAGCACAUGUCCUGACUUCUGAUUUAAUCUUCUUCAUAGCUUAACUCAUUUUGUGCCUUUCCCUUCCUUUCCAAAGUAGUCACUGGCUGAAGCUUUUUCUGGUCACGGAUUUUUGUCUGUGGGAUCUGGCCUUGGCUGCUCCUCCCACACAGAGGAACAGCACCAACCUUGUACCUCUUAGCAGUGUUCUCAAUUAAGAAAGAAAAGUGAUUGUUGCAAUAAGAUUUUAAUGUACUAUAUUAAAAAAAAAAAAAAGGAUGUGAAAGAGGAAAGUACUCACUUGGGGUGAAAUUUACCAGUACACUAAGUAGCUUGAAAAUGUAGUUUUAACAGCUUUUUGUAUAUUCUUUAAUGAAAAGAAAAAAAAAAAAAUUCUUUAUGCAAUGUAUGACCUGCAGCCAGAACUACAGCUGUCUAGUCAGACCUUGUUUUGGUAUUUCAGAUUUAACAGCUUGUGCUUAGACCUCUUCCUUUUCCCUAUUAACCUGGAACUUUGCACUGAAAUUUUUAUUAUUGCCUUUUUACUAUCUACAGCUACCUGUCUCUGGAUGCACAUGCGCUCUUUUAUCGAAAGUCCUUUUCUCUAUUUUUACAACUCGGGUUGUGUGGAACCUGCCUUCUCUUACGCGGACACUGUGACUGAGGUAGUGCUAGAGGUGAUGAAAUUCAGUGAGAGCAAAUGGUUUGCCUCCCUUUGUCUGGGUAUGUCAGAACCAAAUACUUUAAAUAAAUGAGCUCCUUAGUAAA